AUGCUGUUCACUGAGAAGGAGGACGAGGAUCUGAAACAGCGCAUCUUGAUUUGCUUGACGUUGGCGGCAGAAAGCCAGGCAGUGCUUGAGGCGCAGAAGAAGUUUGUCCCGGGCAAUGAGAAGCAGUUGCAGAACUUUUUUCAGCGAGUGAAGGCGUACCAGCACGCCAAGGGCAUUGUGGAGGCCUCUUUGGCUCAGCAGCCGCCCCGCGAGUUUUCUGAAACUUCUGCAAAAGUUGGCCUGUGUUGCAUCGCUGUGAUGCCCUUGGAUUCUAUGAUUCCUUCAGAGGAGCUGGUCGAGGAGCUUGGCUUACAGGUGGAGGUGCAGGUAAAGUCUUUGGGCACGUUGGAAAAGGACUUGGAGCUUCUCACGCACGGAUACCAGGACAAGCGCUGGCGAACAGAUGAAAAUGAUGUGGACGAGCUCCUGGAGAGCGCGAAGUCUACUGUGGGCAAGAUCAACGGUGCAGAUUUGGAGAAACACUUGGCCCAGAUGAAGCAGGCUGAGCUGCGCGCUCAGGCGCGCGCGGAGUCAUGGGUGAAGCGUGUGCCCAAGCUGAGCGAAUUUGAUGACGGUGUCAACACGCUCGUGACCGCCAUCAAGUCUUUCGCCGCGCUCCAGAAGGCAUCGCAUGUGCUGCGCACUGAGAGUUUGCUGCUCAUAGCUUGCACGUGCCAAUCCGGCACAGGCCGCAAUUUGGCCCGGAAGGAACUUGCAUCCUUGGCCAGCGGGGCGUUUGGCAUUUCUCAGAGUGAUGUGCACAAGGCGUUGAUUGCAAAAGCCACUUCACUCUUGGAGUAGCUGCGGUAGCUGUGUAGCUUUUCUGCGCGCAUGGCGUUGCGGGCUCCGGAAUGUAGAC